AUGCCCGGCGAAACAAUAACAGACGAUCCACAACGUGAACGUCUUGUCUAUACAUAUACAUAUACGUCAGACGGUGAUAAUGGUCAAGCACCACAAUCAAAUACAGUUAAAGUAACAACAACAGUUGAAGAAGAAACAACACCUGAUGGAACAAAAGUUGUACGAAAAAAAGAAGAAUCUCAACAAGUAUCUAAAGUAACAAAAAUACAAAAAAUCACACGUGUACAUCGUCAUCUUGUUGAUCCAUUAACUGGUGAAUUAAUACGUCAAGAUGAUCCAAGAUAUCAAGCAUUAAUUGCUGAAUAUGGAGAACCAACACCAACAACAUGGUCAGAUGAACAUGUUGUUUAUGAAGGUACUACAAUACCAACAAAUGGUAUUACAACAAAACAUGAAACAAAUACUAGUUUUUCACCCAAUUCUUCUUUUUCUCAACAAAAAACUCGUUUUCGAUCGGGUGAAGAACAUUCACCAUCAUCUGCACGUUCUUCUCAACGUUCAACAACAACCACACAUCAACAUCAACAUGCACAUUAUGAACAACAACAACCAAAUCGAUUUGAUAGAAGUACAUAUGCAUCUGGUGGAGAUGUAAGUGAAACUGGCUUAUCGAUAACAAAUGGAACACGACAUGAUAAUCGUACAAUUUAUUCCAAUGGACGACCAUCAGGACGAGUACCACCACAACAACAUAUUAAUGGAGUCAUUCGGAAUGGUUACAAUCAUGAUGGCCUUGAUCAUCGUUAUAAUGGUACACGUUAUAACGAACCAGAAAAUAAUAAAACGAAUACUGAUGAAAAAAUAAUUGAUUAUGAUCCAAAUGAUCCAAAUUUAGUUGAUGAACCAUAUCUUGAUGUUGAAAAUCCUUAUGAAGGUUUAGGUCCAGGUCGACCAGAUAGUAUUGUUCGAGCACUUAUGCCAACAGCUGGAAGACAAUCACCUGAUAGUAUCGGACAAGCACCUCCCGGCUAUGGUGAAGAUUAUGGUACAUUAAGUCGUAUGUAUACAUCAUAUGGUGUACAUGAAGAGGAGUAUCAUUCACGUCGACGAUCACCUUCAAUUGAUACAGAAUUUCGAGAACAACGAUGGCGUGAUCCUGAUUUACAAGAAGUUAUUGAAUAUCUUAGUCAUACAAGUGAUGUUAUUAAAGAGAAUGCCGCUGCUUAUUUACAACAUUUAUGUUAUAAUGAUGAUAAUAUUAAAUCUAAAACAAGAUCUUUAAAUGGUAUUGCAUAUUUAGUUGCUUUACUUCAACAUGAAAAACCCGAAAUACAAAAGAAUGCUUGUGGUGCGCUAAGAAAUUUAUGUUAUGGAAAACGAAAUGAUGAAAAUAAGAUUGAGCUCAAAAAUCGUAAUGGUGUACCAGCAUUAAUUCAUCUUUUGCGUCGAACACCCUAUGAAGACGUUCGAGAAUCAGUUACAGCUGUUCUUUGGAAUGCAUCAUCCUCACCACAAUUAAAAGGACAAAUACUUGAUGAAGGAUUAAAUGUACUUGUUAAAAAUAUAAUUAUUCCUUUUUCGGGAUGGGAUGCUGAUGUUAAUCGACGUUUAAAUCCACAAGGAAAAUUCCCACCCGUUUUCAAAAAUGCCACAGGAAUACUUCGUAAUUGUUCAUCUGCUGAUUAUGAUGGUCGUCGUAAAAUGCGUGACUGUGAAGGUUUUAUUCCAUCUCUUCUUCAUGCUGUUAAUUCCAGUCUUCAAUCCUUAAAUGAAAUUGAUAAUAAAUCCAUAGAAAAUUGUAUGUGUAUAUUACGUAAUCUAUCGUAUAAAUUACAAGAAGUUGUUGAUCGUGAUUAUGAUCGAAAUUAUCCUGCUAUGGCCGCAGCAUCAACAUGGAGUGUAACACCAUCACAAUAUAAUGAACAUGAAAAGACUAAAAUUGGUUGUAUGGGUUCAAAACAAAAGAAAACGAAACAAAUAUAUGAUCAAACAGGAACAUUGAAUAAUCAUAAUAAUAGCAAUAAUGGUAAUAUCCAUGCUAUAAUACCACCACGCGAAGGACGACCUGUUGAAAUGCUUUGGCAAACUGAUGUUAUUGGUACAUAUGUACAUCUUUUACGUCAUAGUAGCAAUCCUGAUACACUUGAAGCAACAGCUGGAUGUAUUCAAAAUUUAACUGCUUGUUACUGGAAACCAUCAGUGGAUUUACGUACGGAAGUUCGUAAAGCUCGUGGUUUAUCUGAAUUAGUUGAUUUAUUACGUGUUGAUGAAUGUGAUGCUGUAGUUAAUGCAUCAGCAAUUGCUUUAAGAAAUUUAGCAAUUGAUCCGAAAAAUCGUGAUGUACUCGGUGGUUGGGCUAUAAAAGAACUUGUUGCUGUUCUACCAGAUCCAUCUGAACAAGGAACAACACGACGUCGUCAUUCCGAUGAAACAUUAACGUCCGUUCUUGCUGCACUCAAUGAAAUUAUUCGUACAAAUGAUACAAAUGCAAGAAUUUUAUUUCAAGAAGGUGGAGUAACGAAAAUGAAUGGUAUUAUGAAUGCGAAAGGACAUGUUUAUAAUGCUAAAGUUAUUAAAUAUACUGCACAUGUACUUAAUACAAUGUAUAAACAUCGUUCAUUACAUGAUUUAUAUAAACAACAUGGUUAUAAAGAAAGUGAUUUUAUACAUCAUCGAUUAUUAAAUUCAAAAUCCUUGACAUCAAGUCCACAAUCAACAUUACAUAGACCGAGAGGUGAUAUGGGACAACCGACACAUUUCACAUCGAAAGGAAAACAAAUUACUCGUCCACAAAGAGGAGAUGAAUAUCGAAUGCAAAAAUUAAAUCAAAGUAUGGAUAAUCUACAAAGACCAUAUGGAAAUGGAACAAUGCCGGCUCAUGGUGAUCCACAUUCCGAUCUAUAUGCAACUGUACAUAAAAAUCGCUCACAACAAAUUCAACCAGCUACAUGGGAUCAACUUGGUCAAGCAUCAACAUCGCCUGAUUCUUGGGUAUAA